CAUUCAAAUGCGCGCCAUUUGUUUGAUCCAGUGGUCAACUUAUCUUGGCAUCGUAAAUGGUGACAGCCAGAUAUUUUCAGAUAACUUUUAAAGAUCAACAAUUUUGAGACAACUUCAAACAUCAAUCAAUAUUUUCUACCAUGGAAGAUGAGAUUAAAGAUGCCCAGGUGUCCUGUUUGUCAGGAAUAAUCGAUUUGCAAAGAGCGUGUCAAAAACAAAAUUUAAAACUUUCAGCCGAAACAAAUCAGUAUCUCGUAUAUUUGACACUGAAAAAAUUGGGUCCAUUCGUUGCACAAAAAUUGAUCAGCAAACUUGUUGAAAAGGGAGAAAUAAAUUGGGAAGAUGGCCACUGGGAAGUUGAACAAAUCAUUGACCAUUGUGAAGAUGAGGGAGAAGAAUAUUAUCUAAUCAAAUGGAAAGACUGGAGUAAUGCACACAAUUCUUGGGAACCAAAGGCAAAUCUAGAAUGUAAGGAUCUUUUGGAAGAGUUUCAUGUAAGAGGUACCAAGAGGAAGUUCGAAUAUGACGACAACAUCCCAAUAUCCAAGAGGAGUAGAGUAGAUGAAAUUUUUCAGAAACUUAAACCAAUGAAAGGGAAAAUAUCUCCUCUACAGUUACUCUCUGUCAGUAGUCCAGUUAAAGGUGGCAAACCUGUUUUCAAAGGGCUGAUUGCUACUGGUGGAAAGUACAAACCAAAAUAUAAUCCUUCAGCAGGAAAACCAUUAAAUCCUAGAUCCAAAGCAUACAAACAAAAGAAAGUGGAAAUUCAUAAAGCACUCAAGGAAUGGCAAGUUCAUUUAAAUGCCAUUAGUACAGACCCUGCCGGAAUAGUUGUAGAAAACAAUAUAGAUCUUGAGGGUCCCCCAGAAAACUUUGUAUAUAUCAAUGACUAUAAGCCAAUGGGAGGAAUUAUCAUACCAAAUGAUCCUCUUGUAGGAUGUGAAUGUGACAGUUGUUUAGAUAAUAAGAAAAAAUGCUGUGUAACCCAGUGUGGAUCAGAGUUUGCCUACUACAAAAACAAGAGACUAAGAGUUCUCAAAGGAACACCAAUUUAUGAGUGUAAUAAACGAUGUAAAUGUGGUCCAGAGUGUCCUAAUCGUGUAGUUCAGUUGGGAAGAAAAUUCAAACUGAGCAUAUUUAGGACAAUCAAUGGUAGAGGAUGGGGUGUGAAAACUCUUCAGAAGAUUAAGAAAGGGUCAUUUGUUGUUGAAUAUGUUGGAGAGGUCAUAACAGAUGUAGAAGCAGAAAAACGAGGGAAGUAUUAUGAUGCUGUUGGAAGAACCUACCUCUUUGAUCUCGAUUAUAAUGAUGGAGACUGUCCAUAUACUGUUGAUGCUGGUUACUAUGGAAAUGUGUCUCACUUUAUCAAUCAUUCAUGUGAUCCUAACUUGGAAGUAUUUGGAGUAUGGAUUAAUACAUUAGAUCCAACAUUACCGAGGAUUGCCUUGUUUUCAAGGAGAGACAUUGAGAAAGGAGAAGAAUUAACAUUUGAUUACAUGAUGACAGGAGAUACUACAAAUCAACCACCAACACUUGAUCAAGUGGAAAAGGAUCUAGCAGCAGAGUUUCUGAAAAAGCCAGUGCUACAGACGUAUCCAGAGGCUGAAGGGGAUUCAUUAGAAGUCACCCUGGAGAAUGACAGUUUACCAGAGUUGAAGACUGAUGUCAAAGAGACAGGAGAUGCUGAUAGUAAUAUACCAGAAUUAUCCAAUGAGUCGGAAGAGGUCUUUGAUGAACCUCCAAAACUUGAAACACAAAAAAGUGAACUUAUUCCAAAGUCAUUGACUGAUCAAUAUAGAAUUGUUUGUCAGUGUGGUGCAAAAAAUUGUAGAAAAUAUUUGUUUUAAUUGUUGAUUGUUAUUAAUCAUUAGACAUUUGUUGUUUUAUAAUGAAUUCAGAUCAUUGUUUUAGUGUACUCACAGUUGUGUUCAGAAUAUAUAAAGAUGAAAUAUAUAUAUUUGAGAAAAAUUUGGUAUUGCUCAUGUUACUCAAAUGGCUUUGGUAUUUUUAAGAGGAAAUUUUAUUUUAAUUGAGAAUUUUAUUUCUUAAUUGAUUACUAGUCAUUGGUAUGUUAUAAUACCCGUACAUUAUGAUUUGGAUAUAAAAGAAUGAACAAAACCAACAAUUCCAUAUAUUUUUUCUCACUUUUUUCAAGAUAUACAUGCUAAAGUGUGAUACUGAAAAUGUUUGUAAGCCUUAUAUUUGAAGAUACAAUUUUUCUUAAACUUUGUUGAUUGUUUGCCUACAAGUAUUAUAUACUGGCACUAAUGAUAGUGUAAGAGGGUUUUGCAGCAAUUCCUUAUAGAAAUUUGAUUGAUUUACCAAACUUUAUUGAUCAAGAGGCAAAUCAUUUGGAACUGACAUUACAAUAUUUAUAUAUAUAACAGUUAUUAACUAACCAGCCCAAAUGUUAGGGAAAAUAUACAUUUUUCUCCUUGUUUUGUUUGCUUUUUUUUCUGCAAUACAUUUCUGUUUUGCGCUUUGAUAUUUAACAAGUUUGUACUAUCUAACAACAACUACACAAAUCUUGACGAUUAGAUAAAAAUGCAUAGGGGCACAUUGAUUUUAUAAGGUCUUUUUGUAGCCCACUAUGUUCAAAUGAAUGAAAAGCUAAGUGAAACCAUCUAGAUUAACAAAGAGUAAAGAAGGCUCACAAGCAAGUUUUUAUUAUAAAUGCCCUUGCUAAAGAGACAUUACAUUGUAAUAAAUGAUGCAUGAAAAUUUAACUUUUUUAAAAUGUCAAAAGUUAUCUCUAAUAGAUACUAACUUUCAAAAGUUCUGUGUUUGAUUCCUCAAAACAAACCCAAGAAAAGUCGAUUUUAACUGGUUUAGAUGUUUCAAAUCUUUCAUUUUGUUUCUUUAUCUUCUUAUAAAGAUUAUGCUGAUAAGAGUUCUUAAUUUUUUGUUAAUGGGGGUAAAAAGGGUAAUAGAUUCAUUCUUAAAAUUAUAAAUUUUGUAUUGGAAUAAUGUUCUUGGUAAAUACUCUUGUUUAAUUCAUUGGGCGAAAGAUUUUUGAAAAGCAAUUUAUGGAAUUGAAUUAUAUAUGAAAUACAUUAUUAUUAUUGUUUUGUCGAGGAACUUAAAAUUUAGGUCCGACCUCAAAAUUCUUAAUAAAAAAAAAAUAUGAUUUACUUAUUUAUAUGAUUUUCUACUGAUUUGAAAUAACUUUAUAAUCAAGUUAUACCCAUUAACUGUUUGUAAAAUAUAAGAUAUGUCAAGACCUAUAUUAAAAGCUAAUUUAAAUUAAUUUUAUGUCCAUAAGAUGUCCGCCCAUGUGGAUUACAACAGGAUAAAUGAUAAUUGUAAUAUUGCAAUAGAUUUGCAUGAUUUCUUAAAAAUUAUUUUGGUGUAGCUUUUUGCUGGAAGUUUUUGAAAGUACACAAAAUGGAAAUACUAUGUUGCAUUAAAAAUAUUGUGUACACAGAUUUAAAUAAAAAAGGGAUCAAAUUUUAGUGAAAUUGUUCAGUUCUGUAUGAAAUUCAUCAUAAAAGUUGUAAAAUAUUGUAUCAUUUCAUAAGUUACAUUAUUUAUACUUUAAAUUUAAUUUAUUAUAAAAUUUCUCAGGAUUCAUAACUCAUUUUUUUUUACUGGAAUUGAGGAUAAUAUUGGUCAUGGUACAUGAACCUGUAACAGGUAAAUGAUUGUUAAUUGUACAUAGAAAUUGCUUGUGUAUAUAUUAAAUGAUGUUCAUAUUUUGUGAAAUACUUCCAUACUGAAAUUGCUGUUCUUGUCCCUCCUAUAACAUAAUAUUUAACUUUUCUCAAUAUUUAAAACAUACCUUUAUAUUUGUAUAUUAACAUCCAGAUUUAAACCAAUAACUGUUUAAUUUAGACUUUAUUUUCUUAAAUUCAAAAAAUGAUUAGCUAUGAAAAAUGCUUAUUCAGUUGAUUAGUAAAAAAAAAAUCCUCUUGAACUUUUAGGUUUACAGUAUUUCAUAACUAGAAAUAGUAUUGCAACAGAUUUUAAUGUUCAAAUGUGUAUUUUAACUGAAUUAUAAACAUGUUGGCGAAAAGGGUGUUUAACUGGUUCUGUAAGUGCUUGAAUUAGUAAAAAAAAUUCACCUCAUGUCAUUCAAAGAGAAUAGUCUUGAUAUCAUCUGUAAAUCCUUUGAAUAUGUUAAAUCUGGUAAUAUUGAGCUCAUAUGCUGCUCCUCAGUGGCUUUAUCAUUUAUGAAUGUAAAUGUAUGUAUGUGAAGCUAAAGGGAUUUUUUCAUUCCUUAAACCUUGAAUGUAAUAGUAGUAGGGGAAAACAUUACACUUUAAAUUCUAAGAAUGGUACUCAUCCAAUUAUAUUAAAUCCAAAGAGAUUUCUUAGUAAUUCAUAGAUACAUGCAUAUUUGUAAAAAUAUAGUCCCUCAAUAAGAAUUAUUUCAUUUUAAGAUAUGUCAUCGUGUUGCCCAACAGCAUCCAACUGUGAUUAUCUCUCCUAAAACAGGUAGAUAAAGAUGAUGGUUAAACUUGAAUAUCCUUUAAAUUUGCAAUACUUUCUGUUGUUUUAACAAAAUACCUUUAAAAAAACAUGUGAAUCAGACCAUGAGUUAUUUUAAAAGUUAUGUAGGUUUUUGAUAAGAAAGUUGUAUGUAAUAUUAAUGCAUUAGUCUAUGAAAAAUAUGCUGAUGUUUUCUAUGAAAUGGUCUGUAUUUAAGUUGCUAAAUAAAAUGAUUAAGUUGCUGAAUAAAAUGAAGAGUUGUGGUUUUUACAAUCCAAUAAUGGUCUCCCUUUUUGUACUUUUUGAGGGUAUCUUGUAUAAAUUCAUAUCCAUAUGUAAACUUUUUUAAGUGAGAAGUUUAAACAAAGAAGAAAAAAUGUAGUUGAAUUUUCCAAAAGAUAAUUUUUAUUUCAAAACAAGCAAUAUUAAAUGAAGUUGAAUGUUUUUAACACAUGUAAUUUAUUCUAACCAAAUACAAAUGUAGAUAGUGUAGCAUAUAUAAAUAGAAAAUUGAAUUUUAAGUUUGAUUGUAAGGAAUAGCAGUUAUUAAGGGAUUAGAUUAUCCAUUAGUGCUAAGUAGACACCUAAACUUACAAUGUAUCACUCUGUGAUUUUGUUUUAUUAUAAAUAAAUAUGAACAUUAUUCACUUUUAUUCUUGUCUGUAUUUGAUUAUAGUAAAAAAGAAACAACAUUAUAAAUGUUCACACAAGCUAUAAUGUAUUGGAUAACAGUAAACCAGUGUUGCAGUUUUUUAUCAUGCAUAUUUGUUUAGGCUUUCAUAUUUCUGUAUUUUAGAGAGAAAAAACAACUCAUAUUGACUCAAAGAGAUCUUCCUACUUACACCAAGAUGUGAGCGGCAAACUUUUUGAACCAACAUUAUGAUGGUUGAUAGAUAUCUUUUAGCUAAUACAGUCGAACCUAAAUAAGUUAACUCAAAAGAACCCAACAGGACUUCUCAAAUUAUGUUUUUUUCUUGUACUUCAAAUAUUGAUUGGUCACAGUUAAUUUGUAAUUUUUUUAUUUGAGAGAACUUCAAAAUAAUUCCUCCACCUAAGUUGAAAAUGCAUUAAACAAAAAAGAAUUUCACAGGAAUGACAAAAUACCGUGACACUGAUUUGUGUUUUUGACUAAAGAGGUUUGACUCAAUAUAUCUCAACAGGGAAAACUAAUUUUAUGAGAAUGACCAUUCCUGUUAAAUAUUGCAUUUAUAACGUGUUUAUGACCAACAAAAGCAACUAAUGAAAUUUCUUUAUUAAAUUACUAGACUAUGUUUGUCUAUCCAUUGUCCAAUCAAUUAAAUUAACAGUGUGUAACAGUUGAAUGAAACUUGUGUAAUUUCUGAGGUUAAAUAAUGGCUCAUACUAGUCAUUUUCACUUUGUAUCGGUUUUUCUAAAUAGAGUUUAUAAUGUCCUACAGAUUUAAUGGGUUUUCCAGUAAAAAUUACAUUAUAUUAUUUAUGAUGUAAUUAGGUUUAUAAUUGGUAUAUUAAUUAAAAUCAACACAAACUAAUAUUCAUUUCAAAAAUUCUAGUUGUAUUGUCUUCUAAUUUAGUUUUUUGAAAUUGAAAAGAAAUCUAUUAACAUAAGUCGUUUUUGCAUCUUUCCUUGUAAUAGUGAAUUUACUUUGAAAAAUAUAAAAUUUGUAAAGAUGAACAGACAUUCUUUUCACCGAUCAUUAAGGGAAAUUUUUUAAUAAGAAGAAAUUAAGUGAUAUUUCAUUGUUUUAUUGCUUUUAAUUAUAAUACCAUUUAGAAUUGUUUCAUGCAUAUUUUUGAAUAUAUUCUAUUUUAAUUGAUUGUCACCUCUUUUUAUCAGUCAAUUCAAUUAAAAACCUAAUAAAAAUUGUUUUGUUAUUU